AUGAUUCAACAUGUCCAGGCAUGGGUCAAUCUUGAAUCAAAAAUAAAGCAUCAUGGCCAACAAGCAAAUCCGUUUCCUGCUCUCGAGCAUAUCCGAAACAAUAUCGGAACCCUUACUGAUGAACAGCUCCAGCUUGGGUUACUGGAUGCAUUUGCUCGAGCUCGCGACGUACAUACUGCCAUGACAUUAGCUGGUCCGUAUAGUUGUUUUUUCGUUACCAUAGGAGUUUAUUUCCAAUUUAUUGAUGGUCCAGGCAAUAUGAUCAAAAACCCAACAAUCGUCGUCAGUAAACUCGUCAAUCGUGGAAUAUCUGACUUACUACGUGAUAACGCCUAUAAUCGAAUCGAUGUUGGGGAUCAACUUCUUAGCAUUAACGACCUCACUUUUUACAAAUGGAAAAAAAAGCAUCAAAAUGCCAUUGGUGGAUCCACCGAGUCUCAUA